CCCCCAUUUCGCCUCCACCCAGCGCCGCCGCCCUCUUCCACCCAGAGAAAAUGACCACCAGAUUCAAGAAGAACCGCAAGAAGCGCGGCCACGUCAGCGCCGGCCACGGCCGUAUCGGCAAGCACCGCAAGCAUCCCGGAGGUCGGGGUAACGCCGGAGGAAUGCACCACCACCGCAUUCUCUUCGACAAGUACCAUCCCGGUUACUUCGGCAAGGUCGGUAUGAGGUACUUCCACCGCCUCCGCAACAAGUUCCACUGCCCCACCGUCAACAUCGAUCGCCUCUGGUCGCUGGUGCCGCAGGAGGUGAAGGACAAGGCGUCCAAGGACAACGCGCCGCUCAUCGACGUCACGCAGUUCGGCUACUUCAAGGUGCUGGGGAAGGGACUGCUGCCGGAGGGGAAGCCGGUCGUGUUGAAGGCCAAGCUCGUGUCGAAGAACGCCGAGAAGAAGAUCAAGGAAGCUGGAGGCGCUGUUGUGCUCACCGCUUGAUUUAGGGUUUUUUCCCCCAAUUUAAUUUUGCUUUUAAAAUUUUAUGAAAUCGUGGAUACUGGUGAUAUUGCUACUCUAUGCUCUAUUAGACGCUUUAAUUGAAAUGAAUUUUGUGUUUUGGGAUAUUUCAGAGUAAUGCAAUUUUAUUUUUGUUUUA